CUCUGAGGAGCCCGGAGGGAGCCGGCGACGAGGGGGGACCAUGUACCGGGACCCGGAGGCGGCCAGCCCAGGGGCACCCACCCGUGAUGUCCUCCUGGUCUCUGCCAUCAUCACCGUCAGCCUUAGCGUCACUGUCGUCCUCUGCGGCCUCUGCCACUGGUGUCAGCGUAAACUGGGCAAACGCUACAAGAACUCCUUGGAGACAGUGGGCACGCCAGACUCAGGGCGUGGGCGCAGUGAGAAGAAGGCCAUCAACGACCUAGACAGAGACUUUUGGAAUAACAAUGAGAGCACAGUGCAGCAGAAAUGGAGCUCCUACCCUCCCAAGGAGUUUAUUCUAAACAUUUCACCCUACGCCCCUUAUGGCGACCCACGACUGUCCCUCAAUGGCACCCUCCUGUCGGGCGCCAAAGUGGCCGCCGCGGCGGGGCUGGCGGUGGAGCGGGAAGGCCGGCUGGGGGAGAAGCCGGCACCGGUGCCACCACCCGGAGAGGACGCCUUGAGAAGCGGAGGGGCUGCCCCCAGCGAGCCGGGCGGCGGUGGCAAGGCGGGGAGAGGCCGCUGGCGGACAGUGCAGAGCCACCUGGCCGCAGGGAAGCUCAACUUGUCCAAUUUCGAGGACUCCACCCUGUCCACGGCCACUACCCUUGAGUCUAUCCCCAGCUCCGCGGGAGAGCCGAAAUGCCAGCGACCCCGCACUCUGAUGCGGCAGCAGAGUCUGCAGCAGCCGCUGAGCCAACACCAGCGGGGCCGGCCGCCCAGCCAGCCCACCACCAGCCAGAGCCUGGGCCAGCUGCAAACCCACGCAGCCUCGGCACCGGGCACCAAUCCCCGGACCUAUGGCCGGGGCCAGGCUCGGCAGGGCACCUCGGCCGGCUCCAAGUACCGGGCAGCCGGGGGCCACAGUCGCUCCAACCCGGGCAGCUGGGACCACGUGGUGGGGCAGAUUCGAAACCGAGGCUUGGACAUGAAAUCCUUCCUGGAAGGCCGGAUGGUGGUGCUAUCCUUGGUCUUAGGGCUUUCGGAGCAGGAUGACUUUGCCAAUAUCCCUGAUCUACAAAACCCAGGAACUCAGCAGAACCAGAACGCUCAGGGGGACAAGAGGUUACCUGCAGGAGGGAAGGCAGUGAACACGGCCCCUGUACCGGGCCAGACACCCCACGAUGAGUCAGACCGCAGGACUGAGCCCCGCUCAUCUGUCUCGGACCUCGUCAACUCCCUCACCAGCGAGAUGCUUAUGCUCUCCCCAGGCUCGGAGGAGGACGAGGCCCACGAGGGCUGCAGCCGUGAGAACCUGGGCCGGAUCCAGUUCAGCGUCGGCUACAACUUCCAAGAGUCGACGCUCACCGUGAAGAUCAUGAAGGCCCAGGAGCUGCCGGCCAAGGACUUCAGCGGCACCAGCGACCCCUUUGUCAAGAUCUACCUGCUGCCCGACAAGAAGCACAAGCUGGAGACCAAGGUGAAGCGCAAGAACCUGAACCCCCACUGGAACGAGACCUUCCUCUUCGAAGGUUUUCCCUACGAGAAGGUGGUGCAGAGGGUCCUCUACCUCCAGGUCCUGGACUACGACCGUUUCAGCCGCAAUGACCCCAUCGGGGAAGUGUCCAUCCCCCUCAAUAAGGUGGACCUGACCCAGAUGCAGACCUUCUGGAAGGAUCUGAAGCCAUGCAGCGAUGGGAGUGGGAGCCGAGGGGAGCUGCUCUUGUCUCUCUGCUACAACCCCUCUGCCAACUCCAUCAUCGUGAAUAUCAUCAAAGCCCGGAACCUCAAAGCCAUGGACAUCGGAGGCACAUCAGAUCCCUACGUGAAGGUGUGGCUGAUGUACAAGGACAAACGGGUAGAGAAGAAGAAGACGGUGACGAUGAAGAGAAAUCUGAACCCCAUCUUCAACGAGUCCUUCGCCUUUGACAUUCCCACGGAGAAGCUGAGGGAGACCACCAUCAUCAUCACUGUGAUGGACAAGGACAAGCUCAGCCGCAACGACGUCAUAGGCAAGAUCUACCUGUCCUGGAAGAGCGGGCCCGGUGAGGUGAAGCACUGGAAGGAUAUGAUCGCCCGUCCCCGGCAGCCUGUGGCUCAGUGGCACCAGCUAAAGGCCUGAGUAGGGCCAGGAGAGGCCCAGGGGGCAGAGGCCCAGGUCCCUGUCAUGCCCUCACCACUUUAUGCACAACACCCGGCCUGGCCACCCUGCCGUGGGUGAGGGGAGGACCCUGAGGGCUCAGCCAGGGAGGGGGGUCCCAGGACUCGAUUGGGCCCCAUGUCUAGGAAGCAUCAGCCCCACCCCCACCAGUCCAGCUCGGGGGCGGGGCUCUGGGAGCCAUUUUCCUGCUUUGCCCCUUUCCUUCCUGACUCGCUGACACUAAAGAAGUGGGGGAGAACUCGAGAGCCAGACGGGCAGAUCCCUCCAGAGGCCCGCCAGGUGGGCAAGGUCCCCCGUUUUCUUUAAGGCAGUGCCUGGAGUGGAGAGCAGCCACCCCUCCCCACAACCCCCUAGUGUGGGUCCAAGGAGAGGGGGGCCUGAGGCGUUUGGCCCCAGCCAGGCUGAUCAGGCCCAUCACCAGGGCAGUUUCAGGCGCCGGCUGGGCCCUGAAUGCCGAGGAUAGUAUAUUGGCCGCUCCAGGAUCCUGGAGCUAUGGCCCUGUGUACUUGUGUUGUGUCCACUGUGUGUGUGUGUGUGUGUGUGCGUGUGCGUGUGAGGAGGGCACUCACUCCCCGUCCCCCCUGGGGCCAGCAGGCUUUGUAGAAAAGCAGGAAUUCAUGAAGGCCCGGUAGGGCUCAAGGCGGGGAGAGGUUGAGGCCACAGAGCAGAGUAGAGCUCAGGGCUCUCCAGGAGCAAUGUCAUCUCUUGGACCUGAGUUCACAUUUUGUAGGAACCUACUGUGUGCAUAAUAUUCCACAGGACGGGCCUGCCCUUUUCCUUCUCAGGCAUCCUACACCUCGCUCUCCUAACACCCUUACCCAUAGACACUCCCCCCCACCAAAAAAAACCUUCCAUAUCUCAUUCCAGUCAACUUGGCAAUAUGUUCCAGCCUUCUUAACUUUUCUUAUCUGUCCCUACCCAGCAGACCCUACCCCUCUGUCCCCUGCUGGAGACCUCCCCUUCCUUCCUUCCACAGUCCCUGACAAACACCCACCCCACCGCACCCCCAUCUCCUGAGCUGCUCCAGGCUCUUUGCACUUUGCUAACCCCUCCCAGGAACGCCAGGUUGGUUGGUUUUUUUUAUACCCCUCCCUCCCACCGUGCAGGCAGAAGCAGCAGGGGACUGGUCCAGGAUUCUGGGGUCGCUCCCACACAACGCAGCUGUGUUUCCUCCUCCCAGCUACCACUGAGACUAGAACUGGCUUCCCUUUGAACAGAGCAGAUUCUAGAGUGACCGACCCCUGCUUAAGCCCUGUCAUCUUUAAAACCACCCAGACUCAAAAUGCCGAUGCUCCAAGCUUGGGCCAGACAUUCCCACAAUGCACCACCAGGUGGUGAUAGAUCGCCACCAUCUGUGUGUUUCUAGACCACAGUUUUCUACCCUGGGUGGGUCUGACACCCCAAAGGAAAAUAAGGAGAGUCUCAGGACUGGGCCCUCACAUCCAAAGCACAGCGAGACCAUGGACUUUUGGAAGCUGUUUUCCUUCAGUAGGCUUGCCCUUGAGCUAGCCUUCUACUCUCUGCAGUAGACGGGCUGCCUUUCAUCCAUACCAAAAUGUUCUUAAACUGACUUUAACCAACGCCCCCCUCGCCCCCAUUCCCCUCCCAACCCUUGGGAUCUGGAGGAAUAUCAUAUGUAGUAGGUGAAUUGUUUUGUAGAGCGAAGAAUGCCAAUGUAAAGCCAAUAGUCACUCACAUUCUUUGUAAAUCCAAAUGUUUCUAUAGUGUAGCUUGUUUUAAAUGGGGAGCUGCCCCUCAGUGGGGUCUCGGGAGGCUGUGUAGAAGUAGG